AUGGCACCGGGUCAGGACACACAGCUGGAGAAAGUCAUCGAUGAGGUGUUAAAGAGUGGGGAUGUCCACGCACUGGAUGUAUUCUUGCAAAGGGACAUAUAUGAAGUGACCCUCAUGAAAUGUUCCAAACAGUUUCUCUCCAAAUUGGAUAAACUUGUCUGCAGGUGCUUGGAUCAGAAAGAUUCCAAAUCAGCCAGUUUGGGUCUUACUGUGGUCUACAAAUGUGGGGAAAAACUGAAACUACCUGGCGUCGGUCAAGGGCUGUCAGGAGUAAUAUGUCAAGGCCUGAUCCAGAAGAUGGUGCAGUGGUUCGAGAAAUGUAGGAAACUGUGGAUCCAGUGUGGCCCGCAGUGGAAUGAGCCUUUGUACAACCUUUCUGAGGACUUCUUUGAUGCCCUAACGGUUGUUCAUGAAGCAUGCAAAGAGGGAACAUACAAAAUCACAGAAUCCUUCCUGUAUGCUCUUGGUCAAUUGGGAGUGGACCCCAGAAUCUACAUCCUGAUCCGGAAAGAGGCAAUUCGUAAAUUCAACUUAAUUCUGGACAAAAUCCCAACGGAGCUUAAGAAAGAGAGGAAGAUCCUAACAUCACAGGAGGCCUCAGACAUCAUGAUCAAAGUGGCUGGUCAGAUAUUGGAGGGUGGUGAUUAUGACUUGCAGACAGCCCUGAUGGAAGCACUGUGCAGAAUGGCCACUCCUGACCAAAGGAAGGAGAUGGCAGAUCGGUGGUUCAGCAUGGAGCAUGUGGCCAGUGCCUUUGCCAAGAUCCGUGAUGCAGAGUUUGAGACGGAUUGUCGCAAGUUUCUGAACUUGGUGAAUGGGAUGCAGGGAGACAGGAGGAGAGUCUAUUCCUACCCUUGUUUGGAGGUUUAUCUGGACAAGUAUGAGCUGCUGAUGCCAGCGGAUGAGAAGCUGGACGAAUUCUGGAUCGACUUCAACCUUGGCAGCCACAGCAUCUCCUUUUACUUCUCUUUGGCUGAUGGAGAGAUGCAGGAGGGACAGUGGGAAACAAUAUGUAUCAGUGAGAAUGAAGUCCAAAGUUACACUGUGACAGAGGAGGGCAAGAGAAAGGUAUUGCAAUUAAAACUGUCCGAGGUGGUGGUCGUUGGUGGAGUCGAAGGAUCGAAUCUUACCAUCCACUUCAGCUCCUCCCUGGACAUCCUGCAGGCUGCUCGUAGUGUCUACGGACACAGCAAAAACAAAGGCUUUGUAGGAAAGAUGGGCACAUCUGUGGUGAAGACUACAGUUAAAAUCAUAAUGGAAGAGAACAACUCCCAGGUUGUUCCAGAGAGCCAGGUCUCCCUUGGUGAAAGUGAGAAGAAUACAGUCCCGUACCUUUUACCUGCAUCGUCUGCACAUAUACAGAUGGUGACUCCAGCCAGGAUGAGGAUUUCAGAGUCCACCACCUUCAUCAGCAAUAGUGCAGGAGGAAGUGUACAUAGUGCCAGUUCCCUCUCUGCUGUAAAGCCAUCAAACACUCCAGCAAACAGUAAAGGGAAACCAUGUCUGGAGAUGGUUCGUUUAUGUGAUAGGAAAGGUGAAUUUUGUGCGGGAGAACAAAGGACGACUGCUAAGACCUGCAGUAAUGGCACAGCACCCAGAAGCACAAUAGCCGGUGGCAUGAUAGAAAAGAGUGAUAUGUCUCUACAGGGCUUGGCUUCCAAACAGGCCAAUAAGAACAAGCUUGAUAAAUACAAAAAGAAUAUACCGCUGGCAAAAGCAGUAGAUAUGGUUCUAGCUGGACAGGGAGAAGAGCAGCCUCUGGAGGAUAAUUUUGUGCCUGACACCCAACCCAGACCUGUGAAAAACAUGUCUUUUAACUGGAACAAACUGUCAGUGUCUGAAAUGGUAACAAUGCCCACACAGAAAAUAAAUACUGUGUCAAGACCUGAGUCUCAUUCUAACUCGGCACAACAGCAGGAGCACCCAACCUUAGCACUGAGAUUGUCAGUUCCAGGCUCAGGCCCUAUCAACCAUAAGCAGCUCCAUACUGAACUCACCCAGCGCCUGCAGCAGGUCCUCAUUGAGAAGAACCAAGAUCAUGCACCUCAAGAGCCAGCUGCAACCCAGAGAAAAAUGUCUGGUACCAGAGGGGACUCAAAAGGCAGAGGCUCCGCAGACCAGUGUGCUUCUACUUUGGGUACUUCCAACAAGCAGCAGGCCCAGAGAAAUGGCUUGGCCAAAGGGAAUAGCAAAGGCCGGAUGUCACUGAAAGCAGAUGUUAAUCUAAACAAAGCUCCAGUCAAGGCUCCCACAACCGUGGCUCUGCAGGAGAAAAUACAACCCAACGUUAAGGCUCAAACUAACAGGGCCCUUUCAAGCAAAGAGAAGAGCGAUGCAAAGGUUGCAGAAAGCAUGGUGAAGCUCAUCUCUAGCCAUUAUGAGAUUAACAACAUCAAUCAGAGCUGGACUCCUCUUCAUAUCAACAAGCCACUCUUCAAUAUGAGCUGGUUAUCAACUGCCAAAGGAAAGGAUAAAGCCUUCCCUAACACUUCUUCCAUAUCGAACAGCGGCAUCCAUGAGUCCUCAGGACUCCACAACACAACCGAGAAAGGACAACCUAUGACAAAAGAGAAGCGGUAUGUGAAAAAGCAUUUGUUCAGUGACACAGAUACAGACUAUGCCAUGACAGAAGUCAGCUGGCUGAGGGAGUCGAGCAGGAAACCCAAACCCAAAGUUACCAAAUACUCAAGGCAGGCACCCAUCAAGCCUAAAGCUGAGUCACCUCAUACUUCAUAUGAUAUCGCAGAUUUACCACCACCCUCCCCAAAACAUGUAAAGGGCAAUACCAAACCCAAUAAAAAGAAGCACAAUGUGAAGGAGAGAGUGGUGCAGCCAAAGAAGACAGUGAAGCCAGCAGCAGCACCCAGCAGACCACAUGCAGCAGGCGGGAGGCCCAAGAGAGCUGUACACACCUCUACCAAGAGCUACAGGGAGCCAGAUACAGAUGACAGCCAGUCAGAAUCAGCUACGCCUGUUGUUCCCAAGCAGCAGAGGCCUGAGAAUGUUCUUCAAGAAACUUCGAAGUUACAUAAGAAAAAUGUCAUCCCUGUCCUAGAAGAGAUGAAUGCAUUGAAGGAUUCUUGGGCAGCCCGCCAGACCUCGUUCUCUCCGUCGCCUCCUUUCGUCGAGAAGAUGAGAUCUGCCGAGAGGUCAGCCCCAAUCUUGGGUUUGACCUGCUCCCCUCUCCUCACCCCGCGGGGAUCCCCACUCCCUGCCUCCCCUGACUCUGCCUGCCAGGACACCCCCUCACCAAUCCUGCUGCUACCCAAACCUCACUCUACAGUCAGCAGUAAAGGAAACUUCAAGCCCUCCUCUUCCUACAGUGCAGAAAAGAAGUUCAGCACAUCCAAGACUCAGUCCAUCCAGUCUGCCCUGUCUCUCUCUUCACUGAGAGGUCAAACCCCUGCACCCCAUCCUCCCAUUGGACUGAGUGCAGCAGAGAUAAGUCCAGUUCAGCAGCAUCUAUCUCCAGCACCUCGAUCUCCUUUGUCUCUGUCCCUGCCCCUGUUGACAUCCACACUCCUUGAUCUCGACAAGCAGUCCAUGCCUUCUCCUCCUCAAUCUCCAUUCCCUGAAGACACUAUCAACCAUGACCACCUUUAUGGCUUUAGUAAAGUGUCUUCAGUAUCCCAGGUUUCACUGAGCCAAUCAUCCACUAAGUCAUCCGUGCUCAGCCGCAGAGUUAAGGACUGCCCCAGACCCAGUCGCAAGCGCCACAUCACCUCAACCAGUGAGUCCGAGGAAGAUGAGAAGGAAGAUAGGAAGGAAAGCAAGAUGAGAGGACAGCGUUCUCCUCGGAUGAAGCCAAGGAAGUUGUUCAAGUCCUUUGCUGAAGUGUCUGCUGUAGGUGAGGUGAGCCAGGUCAUGUCUUCUUCCCACACGGUGAGCUCCAGUCACUGGGAGGCUGAAGUGAGGGGUGGAGACAUGGACAUGGAUGAGGAUUUGGAGUUGCCAGGAUCUGACUUAAACCCGAGUGACCUGUGCCAGCAAUUCAGCUCUGACCUAAAGAAGAAGUUCCAGAAUCGUUACAAGACGAUGGAGUUUUACAACAAACAGUCCUUGAAAACCGUCCAGCAACAUGUCUCCUCUCUCAACAUGCAAGUCACCAAAUACAGGACUCAGAGGCUUGCACAGGUUCAGAAGGCCCUCUUGCAAGAAAUCGACAAACUGGAGCAGGAUGACACUGUUCUGAAAAGAAUGGAGAAAGACCUGACUAUUCACUGGAAAAAACAGACUGUGGCUUUCCGGUCUUACCAGGAGCAAGGAACCAAGAGAAAUGAGACCCUGAAGAAAGCCCUCCAUAGUAACGUGUGUCACAGCUUGGAGUAUGAGCAGAGAAUAUUCACAUCCAAGAUGUGCCUGAUAAGAAAAGAUAUGAAGUCAGUCCAGGACAGACUCCUCAGUGAGAUGCAAGACGGAGAGAUACAGAGCGUGAAGAGAGGGCUGCAUGCUUUGUUUUUUCCCUGA